ACAGGAGCUCAGGGCGGCUCUGUAGCCAAGGCUCUGCUGGCAGAUGACACCUUUGCAGUCAGGGCGGUGACUCGUGAUGUCAGCAAAGAAGCUGCUUUGAAGCUGAAGGAAGCUGGUGCUGAGGUGGUGGCCGCAGAUCUGGAUGAUGAGAAGAGCGUUGAGGCUGCCCUGAGUGGAGCUUAUGGAACUUUUGUGGUCACCAACUACUGGGAACAUUUCAUCAAAGAUAAGGAAGUUGCCCAGAAAGUUACAACUGACCUCUCUUUCAAGGGCAAACUGAUCGCGGAUGUGUCUAAGCGUCUUGGCCUGACGUUGGUGGUGUUCAGUGGUUUGGAGAAUGUGAAGAAGUUGACUGGUGGAAAGCUGGAAGUGCAUCAUUUUGACAGUAAAGGGGAGGUGGAGGAGUACUUCAGGGAGAUCGGCAUGCCGAUGACCAGCGUGAGACUCCCUUGUUACUACGAGAACUUCCUGACCUUCUUCAGGCCACAGAAGGACAAGGAUGGCAAUGGCUACACUCUGGGCUUGCCUAUGGGUGAUGUCCCCCUGGAUGGGUUCUCUGUGAAGGAUCUGGGUGGCGUUGUUCUCACCAUCUUAAAGUCUCCCUCAAAAUAUGCUGGCAAGGACCUCGGUCUCAGCAUGGAGAAGCUGACUACAGAACAGUAUGCUGCUAUACUGACCAGAGUGCUUGGCAAGAACAUCAGAGAUGUCAAGAUGACUCCCGAAGACUAUGCAAAAAUGGGCUUUCCCGGGGCACAGGAGCUGGCCAACAUGUUUAAGUUCUACUUGAUGAAACCAGACCGCGACAUUCAGCUCACCCUUCAGCUCAAUCCCAAAUCCAAAAAGUUCCAGUGCUGGCUAGAGGAGAACAAGGCCGCCUUUGACAACCUGUGA